GUGUGCAGACUACUGAACAUAGAGAGCCGAUUGAGACGCACCACAUUUUAUUUCUGUUCAUUAUUGUCAUCUUAAUCACGACAGAGUGUCCAAACACCGAAAGUAAAGAUGGCGUCUAUUAAAGAGGAGAGUGAAGACGUUAAGGUUGAAGAUGCAGUCGGUGUGAAUCAAGAAGAUGAUGAGGAACAAACAGAUCUAAUGCCGCUGAAAGAGGAGAGUGAAGUACUGGAUGAAAUGGAAGCAAAAGAUCAUGAUAUCGUAACCGAAGAAAAAUCUGAAACGAUUUCCUCACGAAAAAGUAAUUUCACCUGCCAACAGUGCGGAAAGUGUUUCUCUACAAAAGGAAACCUGAAACUCCACAUGGACAUUCACACUGGAGAGAAGCCUUACGCCUGCCAGCAGUGUGGAAGGUGUUUCACUAAGAAAGGAGCCCUUAAAAGUCACAUGAGCAUUCAUACUAGAGAAAAGCCUUACACGUGCCCUCAGUGUGGAAACUGUUUCACCCAGCAAGGAAGCUUUAACAGGCACAUGAGAGUUCACACUGGAGAGAA